CUUGUGACUGAAAAUGAUGUUUGCACAAUUAGACUUUUCGGAAGCACUGAAAUACAGUAAAGAAUUGAAAAACUUUUUCCUGAGCAAAAGGGACACUGAAGGACUUGCUAAGAUAAAAAUGAAUAGCAAUGGCCAUGUUUUACCUGGCACACCCAUUGCUAUUGAUACCUGGAAUGUUAAAGCCAAUCCCCAAGCUCGAAUAUUUUUCCUAUCACAUUUUCAUGGGGAUCACAUUGUUGGACUUACAAAUUCAUGGCCUUAUCCAAUAUAUGCUUCACCAGUCACAUGCAAAUUUUUGAUUCAUAAACUAAAGAUUAAUCCAUCACUGGUAAAAAGUUUGGAAAUUGGACAAGAUCAUCUCAUUCCUUUAGAUUUAGAAGGUCAAGAAAUGGUUACAGUUACUCUGUUUGAUGCAAAUCAUUGUCCAGGAUCUGUAAUGUUUCUCUUCAGCAGCUAUUUCGGAGACAUACUGUACACUGCCGACUUCCGAUACAAGCCUGAGAUCUUCGAUGGCUUUGAAUUGCCGCCCAUAGAUGUAUUAUAUUUGGAUAAUACCUAUUGCUCACCUAAAUGUGUGUUUCCAUCCAGAGAAGAUGCAACUGAAAAAAUUCUAUCUCAAGUACAUGUCUGUCUCGUGCAGAGUGACCGUAUUUUUUUAGGAUUAGAUAAUUUAGGCAAAGAAGAUUUAUUGCUGCAGAUAGCCAAAGAAACCCAUUCUAAAAUUUGUAUCAAGUCCAAUAGGAAAGAAUUGAUGGAGAUCAUGGGAUUAUCCGACAUCAUCACAGAGGAUGAAUCAAGUACAAAAGUAUUUGUGGUAGCUACAAAUCAAAUAAGUGGGAAAAACAUCACACUCUGGAAUCAGCAGAAAAAGACUCAUGCUAUUCUUGCCACAGCAAGAUACUGUGGAUAUAAUUUCCAACCGUUUGCCAAGUUUUCUGAAGUUCACGUGGUGCCAUUUUCUAAUCAUUCUUCGUACAUCGAACUAAAGAAAUUUGUGCAGUUAGUCAAUCCUGUGACUAUAGUCCCUAUCAUCGGGAAGCAAGCCAAAGGCAUCUUUGGUACCGACAUAUCUGAGAGAGCUGAUAUGAGUGUGUUUCAGCAGUUCUUAAGGAAUGCGAUUCUUCCAGAACGUCUUAUUCCAGAAUCUGUGAAGAGGGCCAUGAAUGCGUACGAAAUGAACAUUACUUCUUCCCUUCCUCUCAAGAAACGCAAAAUUGCCAGAAAAGCUGCUCGACCAUGGCAACGUUCGCAACCAGUCGGCAUUCGUUACAUUGUGAGCGAAGAUUCCGAGACGGAUUCAGAUCCAGAUGCCGUGCACAUUUUGCCCAAGAAAGUUGCAUGCAGUGUUCCGACAGAUAGUGAUUCGGAUCUUUAUACAUUGCAUAUUUUCCCUCGAAAUAUGGCAUGCGUCCCAAAUCAAAAGAUUGAGCUUAGUUCUGAAAAUGAGUCGGAUGACUCAGAUAGUGUUUGGGAAAUAACAUCUGUAUCUGGAAAAGGUGUGGUAGAAACAUUUUUCAUAAAAUAAGGUUCUGUAACUAUUACUGUUGUGAUAUUGAUAUGCUUUGUGAUAUUUAUUCAGCUUCAGCUGAUGAAAUGAUAUGUAUUAAGGUGCUACCUGUGUUUCAGGUCGAAAAUUGUGUACAUGUGUUUUACAGUUAUAAUAAUAUUUAUUUUUUUAUCAUAAGGAAACUGCAAUGAAAAUAGCCUAUAUUUGUUUCUUGGCUUAGUUUUUAUCCUGAGAAAUUGGUUCUUCAAAAUUUUAAAAGCUCUUAUGUAUUCAAUUUUCAUUGGAAUUAUGUACCUUACCAUCAGAAAAUUUAUCAGUUGUAGACAGUUAUACAGUAGAUUUUCUUUUUUUUUUUUUUUUUUUUUCUAAAAUAUUGAUCAUUUUGAAUCAAGUUUUUCAUUGUUUUGGAUUGGUAAAAUCAUUGAAGAUCUAAGAUUUGCCAAAUUUUGUCAGACUUUGUUUUUGGUUGGUUUUAAAAUUUAAUUUAUUGGUUUUUAUUUGUAUCUGUGAAAUUCCAUGUAAGUUUAUGUGAAGAAUUAGAAAAUUAAUAAUAAUAUGAAUUUAAAUGAGAGUGGAAAAGAAUCUCUGAACAGAUGACUCAACUGCUUUCUGAAGUAAUCAUAACAUUGUUGAUUUAUUUUAACUAGUGUUCGCCCAGUGGUCGAAAUUUGAUCGUAUUCAUAAAUGAAUAUUCGAGAAAACUUGUAUGAAUUUAACUAUUUCCAAAAAUUUUAUUUCUACUCUUACUCAUGUUUACUGCAUAUUUGGAAACAUUCAAUUUUUACAUGUACACACAAUA